AUGACUUCGAACAAUAACUUGAAUGUGCCAUCAGAUGACGAUUUGAAAUGGUCACCGGAAUGUUUCUUUCGUGAAGAAAGACUGGCAUGGAGCAAUCCAUUAACGGAACGGGUUAUACAAUUGCUUGAAUCCCCCAAUGACACACAUCACCAUUUACAGUUGGAAGGCGAUAUCGAUCCAAUGGAAGAGAUUCCUGAAUAUGAAAUAAUUGACCAAAUCGUGAGUUAUUAUCUUAAACCGGAUGCAGUGCUGCCGCAGAAUUCUUUUGAUCUUACUGACAAUACUACAUACCUUCCGGAAAAUGUGGAACAAGCAACUGACAUUGUUAUUGGUAGCAGUAGUGAAACGGUAACUUCCUUGGAAGUUGGUCUCAUGGUCAAAAACAUGGAUGAUACCGAGAAGAAUUCUACGCUGAUUGAGGAAAGUUGGGAAAAAUAA